GUAUCUAUUUCGCCAGAGAUUACUUCAAAAAAAGUGUGCAGAGAUAUUAUCAACCAGUUAGUUAAAAUGUAUCGGGAAUCCCAGUUGGACAACCGCAUACCUGCUUACGAUGGGAGAAAGAGCUUAUUUACUGCCGGACCGUUACCUUUUACUUCCAAGGUUUUUGUGGUUGUCUUGACUGACGACAAUAGAGGAUCCUCUUCUGAUUCUGAUAGGAAAAAGCGUGAGCGGGAGUUUAAGGUUACUAUAAAGUUUGCUUCCAAGACGGAUCUCUACAACCUUACUCAGUUUCUCCGUCGCAUGCAGCUGGACUGUCCUUACGAAACCAUUCAAGCUCUUGAUGUUGCUUUGAGGGCAACUCCAUCUGAGAAUUAUAUUGUUGCUGGGAGGUCUUUUUUCUCUCUGAGUUUGGGGCAACCGGGUCCUCUUGGUGGUGGGACGGAGUAUUACAGGGGCUUUUAUCAAAGCAUCAGGCCGACCCAAAUUGGGCUUACUCUUAACAUAGAUGUAUCUUCAAGAGCUUUUUAUGAACCGAUACUUGUCACGGACUUUGUUUCCAAACAUUUUAAAUUGAAUUUUUCAAGGCCACUGUCUGAUCAAGAUCGUGUCAAGAUCAAGAAAGCUUUGAGAGGUGUUAAGGUGAAACUAUCUCAUAGUGGGAAAAUAAGGAGUUGUAAAGUGACCGGUGUCUCAAGAGAGCCACUCAGAGACCUAACGUUCAUGCUUGAAGAUAAUGUGACCAGAAAAAAAGUUAUUGAUUAUUUUUAUGAGAAAUACAAUAUUGUCUUAAAGCAUCCAGUUCUUCCUGCUCUCCAAGCUGGAAGUGACUCGAGACCUAUGUUUUUUCCAAUGGAGGUUAUACUCUUUCUCUGUCUACGCAUCGACUUUGUUGGAACUGGGCCACAAAGGACUAUGCGUGUAAAAAAGAUUGAGACAGACAGUAAAAGGACACCUGCUCCUUCACAUUUGGAAGAUGAAACUGAUGCUUAUGAUGAUGAAAAUAUAUCAGAUGAAAGCAAUAAUUCUCAAUCAGACAUCUCCUCUGUUAAAAGGAAGGCUGCAAAGAAGUCUCCAAACAAAGUGGUUGUUGUUCAUCUAGACAAAUGGAGGUUUGUCACUCAAAGAAGGGUAGUGGUUGAAAGAGAAUUGGGAAAAGACGUUGUUGAAGUAAAGGAAAUAAUGGAGUUAAUUAAGGCAGCUGGUCUUAUGAAAACUGUGACUGCUCUGCCUUAG